AUGUUCCCCUCCUGGCGCAUCCCCGCUGGCAUUUACGUCACCAUUAAUAUCGACUCGAAGAGACGUUGGAAAUCAGCCAUCGAGGGCGAUCCUGUGAUCAUAUCCCCACCCGUUUGUGGUGUUCGCCCUUCCCUCGCGCUGAAGGCCUCUCUUGUACAUGCUUGUGAUAAUCAGGAUGAUGCACUGUUUGGUUCCAUCGUCGACUGCAAAAUUGCUCGAGAUACAGAUGCAGGCCACGCACGACUUGCCAAAUACGUGUCACGCAAAUUGAAGAGGGUCUCUCGCAUUAACAAUAUUCUGCUGCAUUUUCAGUCGGUUCUGGAUUAG